UCGUUUUGACCACAGGCAAAUUCCCAGAAACAUGACGCUGAAUGCCAGUUGUCUUAGAGUGAUGUUGGGGACACAUUCCAAACCACCAUUCUUUAGAGGGAAAUGCACAAAUGAAGUAAGUCACUGACAGUUCAAGACAGAAACUGCAGCAUUUUAUAAAUCACACUACAGCAAAACAAUAAGACCAUUUUAGGACAUUAGCUAUGCCCAGAAAACACGAGGGGAGGAGGAGGAUGGCCGGGGGGGAAGAAUGGGGAUUUCUUUUUUUUCUCCCCUUUGUCCUAAUAAGGGCCAUCUAACGUUGGUGGAGGAUCAAGAAGCUAAAGUUAUGAAGCUGUUCCUAUCAUUCUAUCUUACAGUGGAAUUUAAAGCUACAAUAACAAAUAAUGAAGCUGAACUUUUGUCUCUAGGCUACAAAUCCCAUCUCCUUCAUGAACACACACACACACACACACACACACACACACUUCCUGCCUUUAGAAGUCUAAUUGAAAUGACUCCAGAAGAAAAUGUGUGCAUUAUAUCAAGUAUGUAGAUAUUGUUGAAUGGAUUUUAAAAGGAACAUUUUCUGCAGAGACGAUACAGAUCGGGCCACAUGCUGCAUUAUAUUGACAUAAUGGUGGAAGCAAUACAUGGAUUAAUAUCAGCAUAUCAGGGUUUGAUCCCAAUUCAUUGUUCUUUUCCUCCCACAAUUUUUCCUUUCCAGUGUGGGAAUGUAAUGUUAUAUGUUUCUAUGUAUUCUAUAACCUCGAAGCAAUGUAAAUAUUUUUCAGCGGUUUCGCCCACAUAAGAUUUUUACGAGUUACCACUUCACCUUGCCAGGUAUUGUAUAUGUUUUGUAUGUUUUUUUGCCACAUGUGUGCCUCAAAUACAGAUAUCCAGUUUUACACAUCUGAUGUCGGCAGUCUCUCAUUUAUCUGGAUUGUGUUCUGUUUACUAAAUGAGCCAGUACGUGCCAGGUUUUACACACCGUUUAGCCCGCUUCAGACUUAUUUCAUCUGGCACUUUAUUGGCUUUCACAAAUACACACAGCUGGGACGACUUUCUAUUUCUGGCUCCUACUUUAAACCCCCUCUCAACUCUUCCUCUUGACUGCAGUAGGUUCAUUUUAGCUGAAGACUUCAAGGAGAUGGCUGAUAAGCCACUUGUUAGGCUGCACUGCAGUGACACCCUGUGUUCAGUGUCGUUACCGUCGCAGCUGGGAUGUUGCUGCUGAGGAACCUUGGAGAGUAUCGCAUAUCUUUGCACAUUCAUUACUUAUCAAGAGGUCUCUUUAUAAACCCUUUCUGCACUCAAGUCAUUCUACCGUCACUCAUGCAGACAGAGUCAUCCCUGAGACAAUGUAAUUGAUCAAUGCACUGGCGAUCAAGUGCAAAGAAGCGGUAAUUCUACCUAGGCUACUUAAGGAUGUAAGGAUGCAUGAUAAGAUGGGACAGAUGUAGCCUACGUAUGGUAAGCUGUUUGAGUAUUCAAUAGCUAGACUGGAACUGCAUUGCAGAUAUCCUUAAUUAAAUUCUUCCCAGUCCAAAUGAGCAUUUCAGAUAGAAACAAAUUGUAUUUUUGAUAUGUAACAUUCUGGAUAAAAAGUCUGACUAUAGUCAUAAUGUAAUAACGACUAGUCAAAAUGACUUUGUUGAUACUGAUGAUCGUCGAGCUUGGCUAAUAAAUGUUUUAACGGCUUGUCAUACUAUUCUAGUGAAAAUACAAUUUUGACGAGGAGAAAUGUUAUUUGGGAUAUCUAAACUGUAUACAUUGAACUGGCAAACCGUUUUAACAUUGAACGUUAAUCGAACCACACUCCUCUGUAAUUAUAAUGUUAGGUAAUGUUAAAACGGCUUGCCAUAGCCUUUGGUGUUUGUGUUGGUACUCUGUGGACCCCAGGAAGACUACAAUCACUACGUGAAAGCUAAUAGGGGUCAAUGUAAAGAAUACAGAUUAUGAUUCGAAUGGUGGCAGAAACAUCAGAUUGGGAAUCGGAUGAAACAACACAUGGGAAUCCGUUACCUGGAUGUUGAUGAAAUGUGACGUUUAGGGAACAACGUGUGGACAUUUUAAGUAACGCUGGCCUAUACUAUUUUUAAUUGUAUUCAAUGUACUUGUUUAAGUGUAUUUCUGUUGUUUAGUUUAUUUGGAUUAAAAACAUAUAUAUAAAAUGCUUUACAGUAGGCGUGGUGUCCACAUUUCCUCUCUGCAGUCGUAUUUGGAGCCACAAGCAUCAUAUUACCGAGCUCAUCCCCAGUACUUGAAUGCAGCAUCAGACAGCACCAAAACACAGAACGUACUUCCCGGGAUUUCCACGCGUGCCGUUGCCAUGGAGCUGAGUUUGUUUCUUUUCUCCGGCUGACACGAAGUGAAUGGUCGUGCUUGAAAACAAAAACACAAACGAAGUAAGGACUUUGUGGCGAAAAAAACUGGGCAUACGUGUGACUGUCCUCGCUGUCCGGACGUGCUUGGGUCUGCGAACAACAACGUGCAAGGACCUUUAAAGAUUUCCAGCACAGCCCUUUUGACCACAUGAUGAGUGGAGGAGUAGCAGAGGGCCGCUUGCAGGUCCUUCAGAUCUACCGCCUGCUGCAGUGCGUCCAUCAAGGGGACAAGGAGCAGGUAGAGAAGAUGGUGAACCUCGGGGUGGACAACCUCAUCAACCUCACUGAUCCGCAAGACAGCAAAGGGGUUCUUCAUGUGGCAGCUUCAGCCAACAAUCAGGACUUGGUCAGCUUCCUUCUCUCCCUGGGAGCACGCCCCAACAUCCAGGACAAGGAGGGCCACACCCCGGCCAUGUUAGCUGCUGAGCUGGGCAAUGAUGCCAUAAUGGCACUGCUGGUGCAGAGCAAUGCUAAUCUGAGACUCCAAGACACUGAGGGAAAAGGCGUGUUAUUCUACUGCAUCUACCCCACCAAGCGUCACACCCUCUGCCUGGAGAUGGCUCUGAAGUGCCAGGCGGACGUCAACAAUGUGUCAGCGCGGGGGACUCAUGUCUUCCAGUUGAUGUGUGAAAAAGCCCAGGAGUGCACCCCCAUGUGUCUCAUCACGCUGGGUGCAGGGGCAGACCCCAACGCAAAAAAUAAGAAAACCGGCGUCACGGCGUUGAUGGAGGCAGCCAAGGCGGGCUCCCUGCAGCUCGUUAAAGCCAUUCUCAAGAAAGGGGGAAACCCCAACGCCCUGGAUCGAAAACGCCGCACAGCAGUGCACUAUGCCGCCAUGGGGGGCUUUUUUGAGUUGUUUCCGGUGCUGUCCGCAUACUCAGCAGACAUGGGUGGGAUCAACUUAGAGGAGUGCACAGCCCUACACUACGCCUCCGCCACGGGCAAUGCUAACUGCUGCAAGUUCCUGGCACAGAGAGGUUGUAACCCCAAACUGAAGAACCAGGAAGGUUUGCUGCCACGUCAGAUUGCCAAAGCGGCUGGUCACAAAGCGGCAGCCAAGGAGCUGAGGAAAGCAGAGCGCCAACAGGGGAAAGUCAAAAAAUCCAACAGUGUGAUUCCCACAUCAGAUCUUUGGGCCCUGACCCUCCACGACUGGUCUCACGAGCACGAGGAUGAAUUACGGCGAGCCUUUGAGGACAACUCGGACACAGUUACCGCCGAGAGGUGUAUUUCAGUGUUGGAAGAACUGAAAGCUCCGGUUGAACUAGACCAGCUCAAUACGGUCAUCUCAGCACAUGGCAAGACGAGAGAGGGCUACGUCAACAUUAAUGAUUUCAUCAAAGGUGUCAAGUACAUCAAGAAACCAUUCCUCCUCUCCUCUUAUAUGCCAAAAAAUAAAAAGGGAGGGAAAGGAGGGAAAGGAGGUAAGAAGAAGGGUAAAUUUGUCCUCCCCGUGCCCAUUUGCACUGUCCCACCGGAGCUCAUGCCCCGGCGACCGGACGGAGGCCCACCCCACUUCAUGAUUGAGACAUACUACAACUGCUCGGACAUCCGCCGAUUCGACCGCGAUCACCCGCCAGAACAUCCCCUGAUGAAUGACUCAGGAUGGUACGUGGAAAAGCCAGAGAAGGUCUACGUCAAUGUCAACUACUGUGUGAAAAGUGGAGACCUGGAGUCUCUGGACCUCGCUCUCAAUCAGGGCGUUCCUGUGGAUGUCCAAGACCAGUUCUACAAGACCCCACUCAUGGUGGCCUGCUCCAGUGGCAACUACGAGGUGGCUCAGUAUCUCCUCAGUCGGGGGGCCGAUGUGAAUGUGUGUGACCAGUUCUUCUGGACGCCCCUCCACCACGCGGCUCACGCUGGCCAAGUGGAACUCAUUGAACUUCUGGUGAAGGCCGGGGCCUCCGUAGACGCCCGGGCCCUCGGAGGAGGCACGCCCCUCAUGAGGGCCAUCGAGAGCUCUCGACCCUCCUGUGUGGACUUCCUCAUCAAGGCGGGCGCCAGUGUCAAUGCAGAGAACAAGAAAGAACAAAACUGCCUCGACAUUGCCAGAGCUUUUGCUGACUCCAGGAUAAUUGACUUGGUCAAAGACAAGAUGGACUCUCUGCCCAAAACAAAGGAGACAGCCAAGGGAAAGGGGAGCAAAGCUCAAAAGCCUAAACCUGCUCAGGACGUUACUGCAGAAACUUCAGCGCUCGCAGAGACAUCGACUGCAACAGCGGGGAAGACUCCUCCUCAGAGGGAUUCCAAGAGCGUCAUCCUGCAAAACACCAGGAUUACGACGGGGAAAACUAACACUGUGGAUAUCACCUUUGUGCCAAAAACGGUUUGGGGGAAGCCGCCCACCACCAGCCAGCUGAUGUCAAAGAUAGAGAGACGGAAGGAGCUCUUGUCCCUGAAGGUGGACUUGGACGACUUCAUGAAGCCUUUCAGCCAGAACAUGCAGAGGAAAACACUGGAGCCGGCAAUGACCACAGACUAGACCGAAAGGAGGUUAGGCAGCAAGAGACACUCAGACAUUUCGUAAUCUCAGUCUGUUACCUGAGCCGGCUGGCCACCUGUAACAAUCACAGACA